UCAGAUUAUUAAUAUUAUUAAUGUGAUUGGAAUGGAUUGUCUGGAUUUAAUUUAAUUUAAUAAAUAUAUAAAUGAUGAUUUUUCCACCGGUUCAUAAUCAACUUUAUUUUUGAACGCUUCAUACAAUUAAAUUGACACCAAAAAUGUACAAAUAUUUGCUGAUCAUAAUGUUACAGCUGACCGUUGAUAAUUGUUUGUCCAGAGUUGCUUGUUUAAAAAUUGAUGCUACAAAUAUAAAUCGAGCAAUGGACUUAGCAAUACUUGCAGCAAUUGAAAUGAAUCGACAACAAUUCAUCGAUUUAAGUAUCGAAGUUGAUGUGAAUAAUUUUCAUCACGAACAAUGUAUUUAUCAAUGUACUGCAUAUACAACGAGCAGUAGUCACAAUGGACAACAUUGUCAACGAAUUCAAUUUCCAUUGACAAUUGAAUUAGAUCAAUAUAAUGGUCUUGAUAAUGUAACAAUUUCAUUGGGACAUUUACGUUUAAUUGGCUGCAUUCAAAAUCAAUCAUCAUGAUUGAUCAUUCAAUAAUGUUUGUAUGAAAAACAAAAAUUUUUUAAAGCAAAUGAAAAAAUGAAUUUUCGCAUUUUGAAUUUUCAUCGAAAAAAGUACAAAACGAUUAUUUCACAGAUUUCACAGACACACAGAACAAAUACGUUAAGUUAUAAUUAAGUAAAAACGGUUUGAAGAAAAAUGGUGUGAAUUUUUGCUGUUAAACAUUAAACACUAGACAUUUUAACACCCAAUAAUUAUAACAACAACAAAAAGGUGAUGAUAAAACAUUUGAAUUUCAAGCCUAUCAUCAUCAUCAUCAUUUUUCUAUUUCUACCUGAUACAUAUAUUCAUCUUUUGGCUAGCUUGGUUGUCAUAAUCAUCUGCAAACGAUUAAACGAUCAUCAUCAUCAACAGGUCAUCUGUAGUUGUAAUGUGUCUAGCCACACACACUAUAGCUAGUCGUGUGUCGAUGGUUCGUUUUGUUUUGUUGUUGAGUGUACACACAAAAGAAAGAAGCUAAAGUGUCGAUUUUUUUCAAAAUUAAAUAAAUUGAUGAUGAUGACUGACACAAAUGAAAAA